CAGCGUAUUGAGUGCGUCACAUGACAGCAUUUUCGAAUCGCGCGAGAGCUUGCUGACGUGCCGCCAUGAUGUCACCUAUUUCGUGUAUCGGCGCGAUGGGAAGCAAAUGACAAAGAGACUACUGCACAAUGAGUCACGCAACUUUCCAAAAUAGUAAUUCCCACCUGCAAUCAUGGCACCUUCCACCAGAAACCCAACCCACGGCCAAAAGGUUGACCUCGGCGCCGCCGCCCCCGUGACCAAAGAGGGCCCCGGGGCUAUAGCUCCAGACUCCCUGGCUGCAGAGUCUCGCGCUUUCGCGGAGGCGAAUGAUGUGUCUGCGGAACAAAUCUCGCACCAGGGCAAGGAGAAUUUCGGAUCUGGGUCGCAAUCGCACCACGAGUCCGGCUCCCACCCACACCACAAAUCUCACUCGGCUCGUCACGGUGCCGGUAGUGAAUCUACCAGCGGCAGUGUUGGCGAUGGACACCACAACGACAAGCACAAGGACAACAAGGGCAACCACAAAGGCCUAGGCAGCAGCGGCCACGAGGACAAGAAUAAAUCAGGCGGCAAGCAGCAUGCUGCCCACGACCACACUGGCACAGGCAGCAAGACCAAGGGCUCGAAAGAAAGCCACAGCCACGCAGAUCCUGCCCCGACUUAUAUCUACAAUGUCCUUGGCACCAACCGCAAUCCUCACGAGGGCCCUCAUGGCAAGAAUAGAAACGCGAGUUUCUCCCAGUUCGGUACCAAGGCUGAUCCGGGACGACUGGCCGAGGACAAUUUUGCACUGCGGGCAAGCGUGGGCAUAACUGAGUCGACUGCACCAAGGCAGAAAAAGAGCUCGGACGGAAACACACCUUUCGAUGUUCUGGGGUCCUCGAGCAAGGCAUAAAUAGUUCAUUUCCAGACACGACCUACCGUAGUCUGGCCCAUGAUCAUUCCCAAGCAGUGGGCAUGUUGUAUUUCUGUACAGUACGUAGC